CCGGAUCAGAAAAGCAGAACAGCUGAGAUCGAGCUGCAUCACAGCACAGACUACAGAGCUUCAGAUUUAAUACAGGAAAAUGUCACAAGAAAUUGAAGAGGAGCUGGGGAAGUUACAAAUUGGAGAGGACCUGCAGAAGUCUGAGCAGGAAGAAAGCAGUGAGGAAGAGGUUCCUCCUGCGGUGAAAGUGGGGUUGCUCAAUGUUCGUUCAAUCAAAAAUAUGAAGGAAAAAAGACGCAAGAUCAAAGAUCUCAUAACAGAACAAAACCUGGAUGUCUUUCUUCUGACAGAGACAUGGUUAGAAAAUGACACUCCAGAUGUAGCCCUUGAAGAAACUAAGCCAGAAAACUUCGACAUCCAUCAACAGCCCAGGGAAGGUAGAGGGGGAGGAGUCGCCAUUCUGUUUUCACAGGAGUUGCGCGGUGAAAGAAUUCCUUUUGACUCGACUAUAACAACCUUCGAAUAUGUGGCCACAGCUCUGAGACAUGAAGAGUGGGAUGAAGAUGUUCUGUUCAUAAAUGUGUAUCAGCCGUCGACAUACAGCAUAGAGAAUUAUGAAAUUUUUGUUGGUGAUCUUGACAUGCUCUUGAGGGAGGUGUUCAAACGCUACAACAGGAUCAUUGUGGCUGGUGAUUUUAAUGUCCAUUUCGAGGAUCCCUCUAAUGCAAAAAAAAAGACGUUGGAAGCUGCCUGUAUGUCUAGCUUUGUUCAGAAUGUAAAGAAGCCAACACAUAAAAAAGGAGGCAGCCUGGAUCUGGUUUUCAGCCGCAAUGUUAAAGUCAAAAUUGUCGACAUCCGUGAUGAUGGGAUUUCAGAUCAUUUCACUGUGUAUUUUAGCGUUAGGCCACGGUCAAAAGCAAAUCCUCUAGUAUGGGCUUCUAAAUGAACUGAUCAGGAUGAAUGGACACAGUAGCAUGACAGUAAAUUUAAAGUCUAAGUUUUUACCGAUAUAAAGUUGAAGAUCGUUCGUUAAAGUUGACAGUUUCUCAUGAGUCCUUUAUUUGUCCUGAGCAGUUAAACUUUUCACUAUUCUUCAGAAAAACUCUCCAGGUAAACUCUUUGGGUAAACUGUAGUAAUUUUGUCUUCUGGGAAACAUACACUGUAGGUCUCUUCUGAAGCUUCUGACAUAAUUCAGCUAUUAUUUUGUCAUGUGGACUAUAUGUAAACAUCUUUGAUGCAAAAUGUCUUACUUUAGGACCAUUCUAAAAAAAAAAACAUAAAAAGCAUUUUGGGGUAUCCCUCUUAUUUUGGUAAAAUAAUGAAUAUUUUACAGAUUAUGUAAACUUUCGACCACAACUGUGUAUCUUCAUAGAACUGUAAGUCAGAAAAAAGAAACAGUAGUGGGGUCAAAUGGACCCAUUGUACUCUUUUGUCCUGUGACAGCUAGCAAAUAUUUAUAUUUAUUUAUCAUUUACCAACUGUUAAUUUGAAUCAACAUUUUUAUUGUUACCUUCCAAAUAUGAACAAUUUAAAUAAAUAAAUAAAUAAUAAUAAUAAUAAUAAAUCAAUCAAAAAGUGAUUUUUUUAAUUAAGUCUUUUUUGAUGGUCUUCAGUUGCAGUCAUCCAAUAAUUUCAAUUAUUGAACAUAAUUUUUAUGACUUAAAAACCUUCUGUAAUGUUUUUUUUUUUUUUUUAAAUAACAAUGUUAACUAAAUAGUAUCAGGUUCUGUUUGAAUAUAUUUUCUGUAUUGCAUGUCACUAAAAUAACAUGUAACCGUCCUCAAUAUUUUACUCAAAAAUACAGUAACUUAAAAAAAAAAAAAAUAAAAUAAAAUAAAAAUCUAGAAUAAUAUACUGUCUCUGAGUGCAAGACUGUACUAUUUACGUGGUGGUAAUGCAUAAUGGAAUUAGUAAUUUCAUGCUGAUUUAUAUGUGUAUGUAUGUAUGUAUGCAUGAUUUAUAUCUAGAGCUACAUUGUCAUUUGCUACAUACUCGUAUGCUAA